GAUGCAAAAGGCACACUUUUUUUAAUUUUAACUUUUUUAAGAUAACAUCCACAUAGCAAUAGAAACAAGAAAAAUCAGAUUACAUAUCAUGCUAGGGGAAGAUACAAACAAUAUUAUUAUAUAUUAAUAUUACAAUAUUACAUAUUAUAUACAAUAUUACAGUAACCAAUCAACGAUCAGCUUUUAUGAAUUUAUCUCAAACAUGUUCUCAAUCUGAAAAUGACAGCUCACCAACAAUAUGAGGUUUUCCUCUUUUCCCUCAUGUUUUACGUGAUAACCUUUGCAUAUGUUGUCCUUUGCAAGUGCUACUUCAACUUUGACCUAAAUUGGAAUUCAAUAACAAUGAAGCAUUGAAGGUUUCCAUUCAUUUUAUUUCAUGUCUAUUAUCAGAAAAGAUUACAAAAUCCAAAGGUGCCUCCAUCUUAUCUGUCAUUACAAUUAAAUGUCAAAGUUCAGAUGUUCCGAGCUGCUGUGAUAAUGAUGCUGAGAACGGGGUAUGAAAACGCAGUACUAUGUUCAUAAGGUCAUGUUGUGUCAUGCUUGACUUAAAGGUGUUAAUAGGAGGUGUGACAUAGAUGAUACGUUGCUGUUUUGUCUCUUGUUAACAAGAGUUCAUUGGUUCUAUUGGGGUCCCCGAGGGCCACUUUACCCUGGGAAGCUGUGAAUGAUGAUUUGAAUCAGCAAAAAGAUUACUGCAAACCAGCUGGGUGGGAAGAGCAAUUAAAAUAUUCAGGUGAAUUCCAUGAACGGCAUAUACAGUCUUAAUGCGGACAUGUUUCUUUUACUUUCUUUUUGCACAUUUCAAUGUCACACUGACCAGCAAAGACAAAUGUUAAAGUCCACUCUGUUUAAUUUCACAUGGGUCUUUUUUUGCUCAAGACGUGCAAGUGGCAUUAAACUCUUGUGAUGCUUGUACAGCUCACAUUUGCUGCACAUGAUUUAGCUGUGAUUUUGUCCACAGUCAUUCGCAUGAUCAAGGAACAGAUAGCAGCAGUUGGUUCAAAGGUCACUCUUGUGUUGUGUGAUAUGAGGUGUUUUAUUGGGUCUGAGACCAUGCUUUCCUCAGUCUUCCUGUGUGCUUAGCACAACUGUGCACGGAAAUCUCAGAUCUUUUCAGCCCCAUCAUCUAAAGGACACAACAGACUACUGCAGGUUAACCAGGUAAAAGACUCUUUAUUUGAUGUAAUACAUAUACAUAUCUAUAUAAAUACAUCGCAUUAAUGUCUGGUAGUUAGUUGAAUAGUUAAUUGAUGAUUUUGUCAAUUUGCAGUCAGUUUUAAAUCACAAAGUUUGAAUGAUGUCAUGAAUAUUGCUGCUUUCCUUCUAUUACUCAUAUCUCCAUAUUUUUUGUUUUUUGCCAUAAAUCAUUAUUAUUAGUCACCCUUUAUGUUUGUCACUGGGUUCUGCAAAUAUCUAACCAAUAAAAAGUUUGACAACACAUCAUUUAAUCGUCUGAAAAGCCCAGUGUUUUUUCCAUUUCCUGAAAAACUGUGAAUUUGGACAUACAAGGUUUCAGUAAAACAGUGACGAUAUGUUCUGUUUUCAAAAAUACGACUUUGUUUGGCUGCUUAAAGGGAUAGUUCACUCAAAAAAUGAAAAUACUGUCAUCAUUUUCUCACCCUUUUGUCAUUUCAAUCCUGUAUGACUUUCUUCUGCAGAACACAAAUUGAAGAAUGUUGGUAACUGAACAGCGCUGGCACCCAUUCACUUCUAUUGUAUGGACACACAACUAGUGCAAGUUAACAACAUUCUUCAAAAAAAUGUCUAAAACAUAAUUCAUCUUCAACAAUGGAGUAUUUCUAUAAAUGUACUAUACUGUGCCCUUUACCCUUUUAUCAGACCUUCACAUUCUUACCUUUGGCCCCCUCCAAAGUUCAUACGCCGUUCAUUGUCUUUAACACCUUUGCACACCUCAUCAAUACCUUUGCAUAUCUUCUAAUCAUCUAAGGUUCAAAACAGCACAACAGACUAACGAGAGAGACCUUGAACUUCUUCACUUACAUCGAUAUGAAUACUGCUUGAUGUGAAACCACAUAUUGAUAUUUUCUUAUCAUUGUUACAUUUACUUUUAAUUCUCUCCAUAGCUCCACAACAUCCUCUGCGACAUGGAGUUCUUGUGGGAGUUCCUUUUUACCCCCCUGUCUACCUCUGGGCUGGUCUUCCUGUUUAGUCUUGCAGCUAUCGCUCUGUUGCAUUUGAACACCAGGCCCAAACCACUGCGACCACCAUCAGACCUCAACCGGCAGAGCAUUGGCAUAGCGGGUGGGGCUAGAAAAGCAGCACUCAUGAACGAUGAUAACUUGAUGUCAUACUUACAUGAGGAUGCCAAAACACUAUAUGAGGUUUUCCAAAGAGGGCUACGUGUCUCAGGAAAUGGGUCGUGUCUGGGGUACAGAAAGAAAGGGCAACCUUAUCAGUGGCUUAAAUACAAACAGGUUUCAGACAGAGCUGAAUACCUGGGGUCUGGACUCAUCCACCGUGGCCUAAAACCAUCACAAGAAUCGUUCAUUGGCAUCUUUGCCCAAAACAGACCAGAGUGGAUUAUCUCUGAGCUGGCUUGCUAUGCUUAUUCCAUGGUGGCUGUGCCUCUUUACGACACCCUGGGACCUGAAGCUCUUGUGUUCAUCAUUAAUAGAGCAAAGAUAUCCACAGUACUGUGUGAUAAGCAAGAUAAGGCGGAAACCCUGUUGGCUAACAGUGAGAAAAACCUCACGCCUGUGCUGAAAACCAUCAUCCUCAUGGACCCUUUUGAUGCUGCAUUAACUGAGAGAGGCUCGAAGAUAGAAGUGGAUGUUCUGUCCCUGAAAGAUGUAGAGGCCCUGGGAAAAAACAACCAUCAGAAGCCAGUUCCACCAAAACCAGAAGACUUAAGUAUUAUUUGCUUCACAAGUGGAACCACUGGGGAUCCAAAGGGAGCCAUGCUGACCCACGAGAAUGUGGUUUCAGACGCAGCUGGUGUGGUGAAGGUUUUUGAGAGCGUCUUCAUCCCGGUUCCAUCUGACGUGUCCAUCUCGUUCCUGCCGCUGGCUCACAUGUUUGAGAGAGUCGUACAGACAGUGUUAUAUGGUGCUGGAGGAAGAGUUGGCUUCUUUCAAGGUAAUAUCGCACUUCUCCCAGAUGACAUGAAAGCACUACAGCCCACCGUAUUUCCAGUGGUCCCGCGUCUUCUGAAUCGUAUUUAUGAUAAGAUCCAGAGUGGAGCCAAGACACCGUUCAAGAAAUCUCUUCUGAACUUUGCCAUCGAGAGGAAACAUGCCGAGGUGAAGCAGGGGAUCAUCAGGAACGACAGCAUUUGGGACAAACUCAUCUUUCAAAAAGUGCAGGCGUCUCUGGGAGGCCGUGUGAGAGUGAUAGUGACCGGGGCGGCACCUAUCUCUCCUUCUGUGCUCAGUUUCCUCAGGGCGUCCCUCGGGUGCCAGAUUUUCGAGGCGUAUGGCCAGACAGAAUGCACCGCUGCCUGCUCUUUCUCCAUGCCUGGUGACUGGACCGCUGGACAUGUUGGAAUUCCUAUUCCAUGUAAUACUGUGAAACUUGUUGAUGUUGAGGAAAUGAAUUACUUUGCAUCCAACGGCGAAGGCGAGGUUUGCGUAAAAGGAAAAAAUGUGUUUCGUGGAUACCUCAAUGACCCGGAGAGGACAGCAGAGGCUCUGGACAAAGAUGGUUGGCUGCACACUGGAGAUAUUGGCAAAUGGCUGCCGAGUGGAGUCUUGAAGAUUAUUGACAGAAAGAAGAAUAUCUUCAAACUGGCCCAAGGCGAAUACAUUGCACCGGAAAAGAUCGAAAACGUUUACAUUCGGAGUGCUCCCGUUGCACAAAUCUUUGUGCAUGGUGACAGUUUACAGUCCUGUUUGGUGGGCAUAGUGGUGCCAGAUCCUGAGGUGUUACUUGGUUUUGCGAAAAAGCUGGGUGUGAAAGGUUCAAUAGCGGAGCUGUGUAAAAAUCAGGACGUUAAGAAAGCCAUCAUUUCUGACCUUGUCAAGCUGGGGUGUGAAGCAGGGCUGAAGUCCUUUGAACAAGUAAAAGACCUGUACCUUCAUCCAGAGAUGUUCACUAUAGAAAACGGUCUCCUCACUCCAACACUGAAAGCCAAAAGGGCUGAUCUCACUAAGUACUUCAAAGUUCAGAUAGACAGUCUUUACGUUAAUAUGUAAUGCACUAAAAAAGAUAGCUUCAGGUUUCACUCUUUAUAGAGAGUUCACUUACGCACAUAACUUCCAAGAUACCCUGCA